UCACCAAAGCGAUAUAAUUUUUUCCUUGUAGACAGCGGCAAUAGCCAGAGUAUAGGAGAUGAAACAUCCAACAGCAACACUGGUGGAUCUAAUAUUGUUACCAUGGACUCUAAUGCUAAGCGGGAGCGCGAUGGUACUACGACAUCCACAUCAGCGAUGCAUCAGAAUUCAAAUAGUACCGUUAAAUUGUGUCCUCACACUAUAAAUGCUUCAUCUCCUAAUAAUGCUAGUGAUCAAUCGAAUAGCAGCAAUAUUUCAAUUAAUUUGUCACAAACGAUUGAGAGUGGAACAACAGACAUCCUCCAAGACUUGAACAUUUCCGAAAAAAGUGGAAAUAAAAAGAAAACAAAUCUGAACAGCCUGGCAACUGUAAAAGAAGAGGAAACCGGUGUAAAGUCUACUGUAGACAACAAUGGGAGUCUCUCGGGACCUUCCGCAAAGAAUUUGAUAUGCAAAGCCACGUCAUUAAAUUCAAUGCCUUCUAUAAAAGAAGAAACUAGUGUUAUGGUUAAUUUAAUUAAUGUAAAGAAAGAGGAUGGAAAUAUUUCCCCUGAAAUGUCUCCGGCUGGCUUUUCUUCAAUUAACAACUUAUCGGGCAAUAGUUCGAUAGAUGUUACCUCUGGCACUCCAGAUGAUGCAACCAAAACUAAGAUGAUUACAAAUUGUAACAUAAGCAACUCUAAUAAUAACAACGAGAAAGUAGGUUCCGGUAUAAGUUCUAUUAACAGCAAUGUUCCCAGCAGUUGUACUGAAGAUUCACUUACAGCAUCAGGCUCUUCUUCCGUUAUCGGCCAUUCAUCUAAUGAUUCGGGCGUUGGUAGCACACAUAACUCAGCGGUGAACUUAAUAAAUAAUGUCAAUGACGUUGGUGGAUCAAUUGCAAAUUGCAUGGAAUAUAUGCAACAACAAAAUCAUAUAUUUGUAUUUUCAACUCAACUUGCAAAUAAAGGUGCUGAAUCGGUUCUGAGUGGGCAAGUUCCAACGAUAAUUGCUUACCACUGCACGCAACCAGCAACAAUAAACUUUCUCGAAGAUUUCUUUAUAAAAAAUCCUAUGAAAAUAUCUAAACUGCAUCGACAAAACACUCUUAAUUUAUAUAACAUAUCAGUAGGUGCUGGUGGUCAACAAUGGAUUGGAAGCUGUAAUACAUUGCCAAAGAUAUCACAGAAGCCUAUUGGUAGUAAAUUGAAUUUCAAAGGAAUGCCUGGUGCUUUGGAAAGUAAAAUACCCCACAAACAAUCUAAUAUUCCUAAUUUUCCCGAAGUAUCGGGCGGCAACGAAAAUGACUUAAUGUGCUGGGAGCAAACUCGAAACAAUUUGGAAGGAGCAUCAAACGAAAGUCACCCUGGCUUAAAAACUAAUGGUGCUGAUGCGGGUGUCGGAGGAGGGUUACAUAUUUCUAACAAAUCUCAUGUAGCACUCGAUACAAGCGAUAGUUGUACGCCCUCAUUACAGGGUAUAAAAGUGCCCGAUGAAAACUUAACACCACAACAACGUCAGCAUCGGGAAGAACAAUUAGCAAAGUUAAAGCAAAUCGAUCAGUUUUUGUCUAAUCCUUUGCAAGGCAUAAAUCAGCUGGGUAAAUUGAAUACAAAUGGUGUACCAAGUAAUCUGGCGAGUCUAAUGCUUAAUUUACCUAAUUCUGGUUCUUCCAGUAUGGGAUCACAAAUGAACAAUCCGCUAAAUCCUAGUAUGAGAAACCAUACCAAUGUUAUGAAUUCCAAUAACCAAAAUAUAUGCAAUCCUGAAAUGCCAACAACAAUGUGCGAUGGAAAUAUUGUUUCUCAGGAUAUGUUGAUUGGACGUGAGAUGAAUAAUUUGACGUGUAAUCCCAAUAAGUCAAUGCAAAUAAACAACCAAUCGAAUAUGCCAUGUGUAUCGAAUGGUGUUGUGGGCAAUGUUGCUCCAAUUGUGAGUGUUGGAAAUAUUACAAAUAGCUCAUUGUCGUGUCAUAGUGGUGUAAAUAAUAAUGGAGGAAAUGGUAAUAUUAAUGGGCAUGGUGGACUUAUGCCAAAUUCUCCAGAAAUUGUGGGGAAUUUUGUUGGGGAUGGAAAUGUAAAUAAUAAUGGUGUUAAAGUAAUAAGCUCCGGUGGAACUCUCUCACAAGAAAUCGGCCAAUUAGGAAUGGCCCAAAUGGGAUGGUCUAAAUUGCAACAUCAGUUUUUUGAAGAACGUGUAAAAGGUAACAAAGGCCAAGGACCAAAUGAUGUUUCAUGUUUGCCAGCAGCACUUUGCCGUUCAAGUUCAGCGAUCAUGGGAAAUGCAAAUAUGAGACCUAAUAUGACCGGGUCAUGUGCAUCGGCUUCAACGACCAAUAGUCACUCCAUUCGUUCAGCACAAGGCCCACCGCCUCCAUAUCACCCCACACAGCGUUCAGCAUCGGUUCCUAUUGCAACGGAGUCUCCUAGUCCAGCUAGUCCUAAUAACCCAACUUCAAAUUUGUCAUUACCAUCACCCCGUACAUCAGGUGCAUUGGGAAUUCCAGCAAACUCACCAAUUAAUGACGUCCAUGUGUCUGCAAUGUCAACCCAAGCGGUAACAACAACAUCGACUGUCAGUACAGCAAUUUCAAAUGGGAACUGCCACAGUAAAAAUAACUUUCAAUCUGAGGGAUCACCUUCAAGCACUGGAACCAGCAAUAGUAUUACAAUGGCUAAUAAUAAUAAUAAUCGGAAUCGCAAUAAUCAAAUGAAUCAAUUUAAUAGCAAUCCAAGUACACCUCUGUCACAUUUAUCACCCAAAGACCUUGAGUCAUUCCAUACUACCGCAACAUCAGGGGACUUGAAAAAUGCGCGCCCCAGCCCCCAAAGAUCUAGAACGCCUUUGAUGGGACAUAACAACGGCAAUGUUGCAGAUGCUACUAAUAUAGAGGGCCGUUUUCCUUCAGUUAGCCCUGGACUUACUUUUCCUCAGCCUUUGAAUAACACGUCUAAUAGUGGAGUUAAUGCCUAUAAAGGACCGGUUCCUAUCGAACGCCAGAAUUCUGUCCCGGCAUCCUCACAGUUCUGCCGCCGCGCUGACAAUCUCCCAUUGAAUCCUAAUAGCAAUCGCCCACCUCAAAAUAAACUAAAUCAUUCUUUUGAUCCAAUAUCCUCAUUAGCGCAAAUGUCUCAGCAGCUGACUAGUUGCGUAUCACUCAAUACUGGAGCCGUUGGGAAUACCGGAGGGGUUGGAAGCAUGGCUGCCAUAGGAGUGAAUGAUGUAAACGUUACGAGCAAUGUGAAUCAAAAUAUAGAUAAUAUGAUGGCUUCAAUGGAUACAGGAUUAGACCACUGUAAUACUGGCUCGUCUGGAAUGGCGAUGCCGCCCCAUAUGAGCGGAACUGGACCUUUUAUGUCUAACAACUGUCAUAUUAACUCCAUGUUGGGACCUAUGGGUCAGCGAUUACUCAAUCCAAAAUUAUGUGCUGGAUUUAGUCCUACCACCGGAAGUAUGGGUCGGGACGGACCCGGAGGAUUGCAUGGAGUAAUGUCAUCGCAUCGUAUGAUGGGUCGUAUGGCUAUGAAUUUUAGCAAUUUUAGUGUGCCCCCCAAUGUACAAGUCAAGGCUAGUACACCAAAUACGAUACAAUAUAUGCCAGUACGUUCACAAAGCAAUAAUAAUAGUAAUAUCCGUGUACCACCGAGUCUUGAAUUUUUGCGUUACACAAAUUCCCAAGUGACCGGAGCGGCAAAUAUAUUUGACAAUAGUCACAUGGGUCAAAUCAAUACCGGACCAGCAUCUGAUCUAGGAAAACUUAAUAAUUGCAACGGACCAGCAGGGGCAGGAAACUCUGGUAUGAGCUUCUUUAGUAAUUGCAAUCAUAUGGGCUCAAUGGUGGCCGAUCAGGAAGAUAUGGCAGGAGGAAAUCUUACUCCCAGUCAUGAAAUUACCUUAGGUUCUCAUCCUUCAAUGGUACGAGGCAUGCGACCAAUCAGACAACAGCAGCAUUUGGGAAAUCAAAUGUUACCUGGUCCCCGCAUGCAAAAUCCCGGUGUAAUACCUGGAAAUUUCCCAAACGGACCUCAGGACCCGAUGGAAUGUGAAGACAAUUCUAUAUAUAUCGGAAAUAGCCAUGGAAAUGGCCAUGGACCGGCACAGGGAGUAGCAGGACAGAACCAAAUGUAUUCGGGAGGCAACGGACAACAAAAACCCGUAAAGUCAAUAAGUUCAAAUAACCUUUGUCUGAAUAUGAAUACUCCAAACGCAACCAAUAACGGACCAAUGACUGCCAACUCCAAUUUACUUCCGAGUGAACACAAUCCAUCAAUGCUGUCUCCAGCUAAUGGACCUCUUAUUAUGGGUAAUAAUAUCAAUAUGCUUUCAAAUACAAUACACGUGGGCAGUAGUAUAUCUCCUGCUGGAUGUGGAAGUAAUACCGGGAAUGGUCCUGGUGAUGUGGGUAAUGUUGCUUAUAAACCAUUUGUCGGUCCUGUCUCAAAUGAUAUUAAGUAUGCGCAGCAGUACCAUAGUUUUCAGCAACAAUUGUAUGCUACUUCAACGAGAAGCCAGCAAAACACAGGCAAUACUAAUAUCGGAAGCAAUGUGUCCACGAAUCCGACAUUUUUUGUAAAUAAGUAAAUCCUAUUACUAUUCUUUUAAAAUCCUUCCUUCUCCGUUUGAAUAAAAGAUAUUUCGAUGUGUUUUUAACUAUGAAUCCUUUUUAAACGAUUGCCUCUGUAGAAAGCAACUGAUAGUGUAAAGGGCGUGAGUGUUUUUGGUUUCGUUUUAGUAUAUUUACAUAAUAAAAUACGAUUUGAAAGUGCCGUUACUGAACAUGAACUAAUUUUAAUCUAAAGUUUUAUCAAUUUCUUUUAUCAAAGCAGAAGAGGAAUUAAGAUUAAAAUUUUAUAAAACGCAAAUUAAGGACUUGAGUUCCGAAACGUCAGUUGUAAAGCAACCAUACAUUGUUACCCAUUCCUAAAUGCAACUGUGCAAACUUGCAACGAUGUAACAUGUUCCAAAAUGUAUCGGCAAAGUAAUUUAUGUGCAAUCAAAACCAACAGCGCAUCACUAAGGUUUUUGAUGGUGUGUUAUUAUGAAUUCUGUACAAAAUUGGCCGACGUCGGAGGCCAUUUCAACGAAAAGCAUCUGAUUUGCACGAAAAACGUUCCAAAUGUCAGGGUUUGCUAGGUAUUGUGGCAAGACAAAUUUAUGUAAUGCAGGAAUGUAUUAUAAUGAUGCGGUUGCGAAACACCAUCAUUACAAAGUAUUUUGACGUUUUGGAACUCACCCAUACACGCAAAAAUAUAUAAAUUGAAUACGAUAUUAAAAAUUCAUUCUUCAGACUUUGACGGUGUUUACAGUUAAUUCUUUUGACUAUAUAAACUUAUGUAUAUAUAAGGAUAAUAUUAAAAGCAGUAUAUUUUCUGUUAAUUUAAUAACUUCUGUCUAGAUGCUAGUUAAACAUUAAAUUUUAGAAUGUAUUUAUUAUAGUUAUAUGCAUAACGCGACAUAUUAUGUAAAUCUUUAAAUAAAGUUUAAAAUGCAAAAAAAA